UUGAUAUGUUUCAGGAUGUCUCCUGUCAUCCUAUUUUUUGCUGUCGUCUGCUGGUUUGUCGAAAUCGCGGAAGGAUACCAGCCAUAUUUACGUCCACCGAUACCAUUUCCAUUCACUGAUGGCUAUGAAUCAUAUUAUAGUCCACCUAUACGCCACCCAUUGAACAACCGACUUUCCAUACAUUUCCCCAAAGUUGGAGUCCAUGCGAAGUACACAGGCGCGUUCGUACGAGAGUACUAUAUCGGCAUCGUGGAGGAGAACUGGGACUACGCGCCUAACGGAAAUCUCGUCAAUGAUGACCCACAAGCGGACGCUCGCUUGCAGGGCGGUGCCAACCGGAUCGGACGUGUUUAUACCAAGGCGGUGUUCAGACAGUUCACAGACCGGUCUUUCAAAACUCAGAUGCCUUACCCUCCUUGGCUGGGAUUCAUCGGACCCAUGAUUAGAGCGGAGAUUGGGGACACCAUCCUCAUACAUCUGAAGAACAUGGCACCCACCAGCGGUCGAACGUUCACCAUCCACCCGCAUGGUGUGCAGUACGAUAAGGAUGCAGAAGGUGCGAAAUACGUGGAUGACACUAGCGGCCCAAUUAAAAUAGACGAUGGAGUUCCAUUUGGAGGGGUACACACCUACACGUGGGUCGUCAGGGGAGAGAACUUUGCUCCGACAAAGGAAGACAACAACUGCCUGGCUUGGCCCUACCAUUCCCACAGAGUGUCAGAACCCGAUAUUGUUACCGGACUCGUCGGCAUGCUGUUCACAUGCAAGAAAGGAACUCUGGCGCCAAACGGCGAACGAACUGACGUCGGCUUGGAAUACGUUUUCUUCAUGGACCUCAUAGACGAAAACGCUAGCUGGCUCAUGGACGCCAACCUCAACCGCUGCGGCAAUCCGGGCAUCUGCACGACGUUACACAACUCCAAGGACGCGGACUUCGAAGAGAGCAACAAAAUGUACAGCAUCAACGGCUACAUGUACGGCAACCUGCCCAAGGUGAUAUUCUUCGCGAACGAGCCAGUGUCGAUUCAUCUGUUUACUUUAUAUGAAGGCGUGCAGAGCUUUUACAUCAGUGGACAUUCGUUAACAAUGCGACACCAGAGAAUGAAUUCCGUGAAUUUCUUCAUGGGUUCCAGUCUAACGGUUGAAACCUUCCCAGUUAACCCGGGUACAUGGUUGCUGUCAAGUCACGUGACAACUAACUUUGAAAGGGGCAUGAGCGCUUUCGUUCGGGUGCUUCCAGCCAGUUGGAAACAGCAGCCACAGAAAGUUCCGCUUCCCUGGAGACAGGCCUACAGGUGGAACCAAGGUCCUAUAUCCCAAAUUUACUACAUAGCGGCCGAGAAGUCCGUUUGGAAUUACGCACCAACUCAGAAAAAUCUGUUCUUCGGUGGAAAUUUGGUUGACUCUGGAAACAAAGGAAAUGACUUUUUCAACCACUCCGAUGUGCGAAUUGGCGGACAAUACGUCAAGGCUUUCUUCGUGGAAUACACCGACAAAACAUUCAGAAAGAGGAAGCAGCGGCCAUUUUCUGAGCGCCAUCUUGGAUUCCUGGGCCCGGUGAUCCGGGGAAAUGUAGGGGAGAGAAUCCUCGUUGUCUUUAAGAAUAACGCCGACAGGGAAUAUUCGUUCUGGCCAAACGGCGUAACCUACACGAAAUUCGACGAAGGACUCGUUUACAAAGAUCCAAUUUCCGGCCAGUACACCGGUAAGACGGCUCAGCCUGGACAGACGGUGACCUACACGUUCAAUUUAAUCCCACCGGCCACCGCACCCACCAAAGAUGACCCGCCCUGCACGGUCCAGACGUACCAGUCAGGGGUGGACAGCAUUAAAGACCUUCACACCGGCCUUGUCGGGCCGCUCUUGAUAUGCAAGGGAGGUCACUCCCCAACACAAGGGCGAUUUCCACGUCAGACGUUCGUGAAUCCUCGGUACCCGACCAAAAGGGAGUUCUUUCUGUUUUUCCUGGUGAGCGAUGAAAACAAGUCCUGGUAUUUAGACGAGAACAUAGCCAGAUUCGCGCCUAACUCCAACAAAACAGACUCCGGGUUUGUGAGGUCAAACAGAAUGCACGGAAUCAACGGAAGACUGUAUGCUAACUUGGAGGGUCUGGAGAUGUACCAGGGCGAUACGGUAGUGUGGUAUGCGAUGGGGCUGGGAGAAGUCCUCGAUUUUCACGUCAUGAAUAUUGUCGGUGCGACAUUCUCAAGACACGGCAACAACGCUGUGUCGCAGAUGGUUCGUCCAGGAACCGGCGUGACCUUGCUCUCAAGGCCAACAGAGAUUGGUAUCUGGACAGUUAUUUGCCGCCCCCACGCCAAUGGCGGGAUGGAGGCACUGUACAAGGUAUCUCCACGUGGAAUAGCCCACACCCCUCUGUAUCAGAGUCGACGAACCCGAGUGUACUACAUCGCAGCCAUAGAGCUGGACUGGGAAUACUGUGACGUCAAAGUCGAUCCAGUGGAGGAGGUUUUGUACACCAGAUAUGAGCAACCUGGAUACAAAUAUUGCGUUCUCAGUGGGGACAAGUUCAUCGGGUCCAUCUACAAGAAAGCCGUCUAUCGCGAAUUCACCGACAGAACGUUCACCAGACAGAAACUAAGACAACCGGACGAGAAACAUCUGCACCUCAUCGGACCCUUCAUCCGAGGCGAAGUUGGGGAGACAAUCAUCGUCAUCUUCAAGAACCUGGCGUCGAGGGCUUACUCCAUUCACGCCCAGGGGGUCAGUUACGACAAGGCAAACGAGGGCAUCGAAUACGCCGAUGGCCCAUUCGCGUCACAAGAUGACUCGGUAAAGCCAGGGGAGGUGUAUGUCUACAAGUGGAAGAUCCCCAAAGAUUCUGGACCCGGACCGAAGGAUCCCAAUUGUGUUUCCUGGCAAUAUUACUCUCAGACUGACGUCACGAAGGACGUGUACUCUGGUCUGAUUGGUCCACUGAUCACGUGUCGCCCUGGCAUCCUGAAUCAGUUUAACCGCAGGAAAGAUGUCGACAAGGAAUUUGCCGUCAUGUUUUCUGUCAUCAAUGAAAACGAGAGCUGGUACAUCGACGAAAACAAGGCCAGAUUUGCACCCAACCAGGAUGGCGGGAGUAAUUUUACACAAAGCAACCUGUACUAUUCUGCAAAUGGGAAAAUAUACUUCAAUCUAGAUGGUCUGGUAAUGAAACACAUGGACUUGGUAUCGUGGCACAUCUCUGGCUGGGGCGGCCCACGCGAUGUCCACCCCAUCCACUUCCACGGCCAGACGAUGAUACACCAGGCGGGCAGGAAGACGAAGGUGGACGUCAUUGAGGUGGGGCCGACGGUGUCUGAGACAGUGGAGAUGUUGGCCGACAACCCGGGCACGUGGAUCAUCCACUGUCACAACGCCCCCCACGUGAGGAACGGCAUGAUGAUUCCCUACACGGUGUUGCCGGGCAACAAACAGUUCUUCUUUAAAUAAAAAUGCAAUAAAAUUGUUGUAAGCCUU